AUUCUGUUUUGUUUUGUGCUCAACUGUUUCUCGUUUCGAAGAGCGCGAUAAAUUAUUUGAGUGUUUCCAACGAAAAUUGUAGACAAUUACGUCGGAAAAUUAGUGGUUCAGUUAAUCAAAAUUAAUUCAGAAUGUCAUUUUUUGGAAACACGAGUGGAACCGGACUUGGAUCAACGAGCACACCAGCAAAACCUGGGUUCGGAAAUUUUUCAUUCGGUGCUCAAACUUCGACACCAGCGUUCGGAAGUACUGCGACCAGUUCGGCGCCAUUGCUAUUUGGUGGUGGUCAGGCAAACACCAGCACCAACACUGGAUUCGGCGGGUUCGGCACAACCGCACCAACUGUCCCGGCAGCGGCUAGUACGUCCGCAUUUAGUUUCGGCACUAACACCACGGCUACUGCGGCACCAGCAUUCGGGUUCGGGACUGCUGCUGUUUCGACGGCUGCCCCAAAUGCCUUUGGCGGAUUCGGAACGACUACUACUUCAGCGGCCACCGGAUUUGGUGGAUUUGGUGCAACAACCACAACGAGUGCUCCUGCAUUUGGUGGUUUUGGGGGAUUUGGUACAACUGCCACAAGUUCGGCACCUUCAUUGUUCGGUCAACCGGCUGCAAGUACCAGUACAGGUUUUGGUGGAUUUGGAACAUCCUUUGGAACGGGUGGUUUUGGGCAACAAGCAAGCACUGGAUUGACAUUCGGUCAGGGUUUUCAGCAACAGCAACAACAACAACAGCAACCUCCAGCAAUUACUCCAGAAGAGGCCUUCGCUCAGUCUAUUUUCAAUGUUUCCAUAUUCGGCGAUGAGCGCGACACGGUUAUUGCCAAGUGGAACUACCUGCAAGCAAUGCUUGGCACGGGCAAGGCAUUCUAUUCACAGAAUAAUCCUCCUGUGGACAUCAAUCCUAGUAACUAUUUGUGUCGCUUUAAAACGAUGGGAUACACUAAACUGCCUGGGAAAGAGAAUAAGGUUGGGUUGGUUGGAUUGACGGCCAAUAAAUCCGUUGGACAGAUGAAAGACCAGCAGCAGCAGUUCGUUGCUAAUCUGAACCAAAUUUUUGGCAACAAACCAAAUCUGGUGAUCAGCGUAGACAGUGUCAAAGUGGUUGGAGAAAGUAAAUCUCAGAUUAUACUCUACGUGGAAGAAAAAUCAAUGAAUUCUAACGAAACCAAGCGGAUCUUGGCGACUGAAGUUGCCAACUAUCUGAAUCAACCAACACCGAAACAACAAUUGAAUUCGCUUGGCGUUGAAUCUGUUGUCGCGUUGGUGCUGCCUGAGGAAGAUCAAUUGAAGGAAUAUCUUGAGAAUCCUCCUAAAGGGAUUGACCCCCGCAUGUGGCAACAGGCUAAGAUUGACAAUCCAGAUCCAAAAAGGUUCAUUCCGGCACCGAUGAUUGGCUUUCAGGAGCUCAGAUGGCGCAUCAAAUGUCAGGAAAGCGAAACUGACAUUCAUGUUUCGUAUCUAUCCAAGGUUGAAAAAGAAAUCGAACAGUUGAAGCAAAGACACACCAACACGACUGCCAAGAUAAUGGAACAUCGACGAAAAUUUGCUGAACUUAGCCAUCGGAUAUUGAAGAUUAUAGUUAAGCAGGAGAGUACCCGCAAGAUGGGAUUAGCGCUAUCGCCCGAGGAGGAAAUAAUCCGCAGCAAACUGGAAAACAUGCAUGCGCUGGUUUCCACUCCGACUCAGUUCAAAGGAAAGCUAAGCGAGCUAUUGUCACAAAUGAGGAUGCAGAGGAACCAAUGGGCACACGCCGGAGGUGGUAACGAGUAUACCUUAGACAAAGAAUCAUCCGAGGAGAUGAAAAGUUUUUUGACCAUGCAGCAGAAAGCGAUGGCUUUUCUGGUGGAAACAGUAAACAAAGAUCUAAAGGAUCUCAAGGUUAUUUCGGAUGGGAUGGCUCGAUUGAUACAGAGCUAAGGUAAAUGUAGAUGUAUUUUUGCGGUUCCAGCUGUUGAAUGAAAAAGAAAUAAAAUG